AUGACUUUCAUUUCUGACUUCAUGUUCCUCCUCAAUAUUAUCCUUCCUACAGAAUCGACUUCAACCAUUGCUCCCUAUUACUCAGGCGUGAAUGGUAUCAACCAGGCCCAGAAUAUGCUGUUCAAGGAAGCUCUGUGGUGGACCCUGGGCAUCAUCGCCCUCGUCGUCUUGACCAUCCGCAUGCUGGAGAUUGUCUGGGCACAGCUGCGGCUGAUCUCGGCCAUGUCCGUCGCCCGAGAGAAGCAAGGAUAUUGGAGAAUAUCGCAGUGGAGUUGGAUGCCCGCUGCGAAGAAGCACGUCAUUUACGCGCCGCUGUGGAAGAAGCGACACAGUAGGGGAUUUCGCCUCUCCUCCGCUAUCAGCGUCGGCACCCUGCCCUCGCGGUUGCACAUGGCCCUCCUCGUCGGCUACCUGGGCAGUAACUUCACAUACAUGUUCGUGCUAAACUGGGCCAAUGACAACCGCUACGCCUUCUGCGCCGAGCUGCGAGGCCGCUCGGGCAACUUGGCUCUCGUCAACAUGGUGCCGCUCAUCAUCCUGGCCGGGCGGAACAACCCGCUCAUCCCUGUCCUCAAGAUCAGUUUUGAUACGUGUAACCUGUUGCACCGAUGGAUUGGCCGCAUUGUGGUGCUCGAGGUGGUCAUCCACAGCAUCGCCUGGGCGAUUGCAGCUGUCGCAGAUAACGGUUGGGAGUAUGUCAGACGGGCGAUUACGGGCGGCCUUUUCAUCGGGUCCGGCACACUGGGCACAGUUGCUGUGGUUAUGAUGCUCAUUCAGUCCCUGCCAUCAAUCCGCUACGCUUUCUACGAGACCUUCCUCAACACCCACAUCAUCCUGGCAACCAUUGCCUUUGUGUGCACCUGGGCUCAUUGCGCAUCUGCCAGUGUCCCGGGAGGUCUUCCUGAGCUAUCCUGGAUCAUGGCCAUCAUGGCCCUCUGGUUCGCUGACCGCUUUGCCCGCGUGAUACGCCUAGCUCACGCAAACUGGUCCGGAAGAGGCUUUACGUAUGCUAUAUGCGAGCCCAUGUCGGGAGAAGUCACACGAGUGACACUGACACUCCCAAAGUACAUGGACAUCAAGCCUGGCACGCACGCGUACUUACGGUUCUGGGGUGUCAACUCCUGGGAGAGCCACCCAUUCUCCAUUGCCUGGGUCAACCACCUCUCCAGCACACAUCUGCCCACCUCAGAGAAGGAACCUCUCGCCUCCUUGGACCAGGCCAAUGUGUCGACGGCCGUGUCAUUCAUCGUCGGUGCACAGACGGGCAUGACCCGCAAGCUCUUCAUAAGGGCGAGCCAGGCCGGUCAUAGCAUCCGGCUCAAGGCUGCCUUCGAGGGCCCCUACGCUGGACACCACAGCCUCGACUCAUACGGCCAUGCCGUUCUCUUUGCCGGCUCUACGGGCAUCACUCACCAACUCUCGUAUAUCCGACACCUACUCGAGGGCUACAACGCGGGCACCGUUGCCACACGUCGCGUCACUCUCGUCUGGAUCAUCCGCGAGUAUGAGUCACUCAAGUGGGUUCGCCCCUAUAUGGACAUGAUCCUGAGCAUUCCCCAUCGAAAGGAUAUCCUCUGCCUCCAUGUCUUUGUCACGCGGCCCCGGAACCCGCGCGACAUCACCAACACCAGCACCACAGUGCGAAUGUACACUGGACGGCCUAACGUGCUGGCCUUGCUGGCCAAGGAGAUCGAAGAACAGGCCGGCGCCAUGUGCGUCACGGUUUGCGGACCUGGUGGGCUGGCUGAUGAUGUGAGAGGUGCGGUAUGCGCGAUACAGGCGGAGACGGUGGUGGACUUCGUUGAGGAGAGCUUUACGUGGUGAUUGCUGCGUGGCAAGACAGCAGCUGACUGGCUUUUUUGUGCUUUUGUACAUAUUUCUGUGGUAACGCGGGUUUUCAUCUCCUUGUUAUAGUUCCGUCGUCCGCCUUUGUGUUCGUGCCUUCCAACCGGGGUGCCAGUCCAGGCAGCUCUACACCGUCUCGUCCCAGAGCAUGGUGCUUGAACAUAGUGACGCUGCGGUGGGGUGCAGUCUUAGGAGGAC